AUGAAACAAACAGUUGUAGUUAUACCAACAAACCAUACAUCAAUUCGUGUUCAUUCAGGAUUUCACAAUGAGUAUAUUCUGAACCAACUCAAAAAUGAAUAUCAAGUCAUUGACUCUCCAAUUCUAAGUCAUGACAUUCUCUUACCAAAUAAUAUUUAUAUUGAUAUUGUUAAUGCUGAUUCUAUUAUUUCUGAUGCUGAUUAUACAACAUUGGUUCAAAGAAGAAAAUAUCUUAAAGACACUGACAUUGUUAUUUUCUUCUUGAAAACAUCUUUCAAUUCUUCUCUCAUUCAACGUCUUCAAUUUGACUUAUCUCCAUCUUCUUCAUUUUUGUUUAUUCCAAUAGAAGAUGAUGACAUUUUGUUAAUGAAUUGCAUUAAUUAUGUUAUUAAAUCAAAUGUUGAAUCUUUUCAUAGUGAUGAACCUAACUUUGUUAAUGAGAUAAAAUCAUUUGCAUCAGAAUUAUCAUCGUUGCUUAAUGUUGAUGUUUAUUCAAUGAUGAAAACAAAUCAUUUGUCUAUUUCUGAUUUGUUCAAUUCAUCAGUAUUAUUAUCAAAAGGUAUUAAUGAAGAUGUUAUUCAAUCCCUUGCCCAAUUAUUUUCAACUGACCGUUUCUUAUAUUUUUGUUUUGAUUAA